GUGAGGGUCUGAGCAAGGAUAUUCCAUUCCACUCUCAGGAUCUGUGUUGGCUUGUAUUGUUAUCUCAUUCUCACUAAGAGAAUUUGAAAAGUGAAAGUUUUAGGGGGAAGGUCUGGUGGGUGGGGCUGGGGAGCAGAAAAGGUUUACUGGAGUUGUUGGGAGCACUUCAACAAGAAAGGUUGCCUUAGCUCAGCUGAGGAGAGACCCAACAUGCUUCUUCCUUCCCUGUGGAAUACCCAGAACCUCGACCCUGGACACAAGAACCAUUAGGUUGGCAGAUGAAGUACUAACCUUGUUCCUGGCCAUGAACUGACUGAUUUCAUUGACUUAACAAGCUUAGUUUGGGGAAAAAUUAAGAAGAAAAAAGAAUGAAAAAAAGAAAAGCUGUUAUCUUGAGGGGCAGCAAGAGAGAAGACUGGUGUCGGGAACUGGAGUGAAGUCUGUUCCCCCAUAGGUGGAGGGGUAGCUAAACCGUAGGACGCUAGGCCUUCUGGGUCCUUCUGCCCAGCUCUGCCUCACAGUCCCAUUGCUGCUCUAGCUCUCUCUCCAAGCCCCAGCAGAAGCAGGGCCUGCAGGUUAAUUGUGGAUUGAGUUUCAUCACAGGACAGUACCAUGCAGGGGUUCAAGAAGAGCCCUUUGACCCUCUGGUUGGAAUACUAUGGAUAUAAUAGAGUUGGUGAUAACGUCACCAUGCAGUCUGUGUCCUCGCAGAUCAGUGACAAUGGAAAUAAAACGGAGUCACUUAGCGAUUCACAGUCCUCUAACCUAAAUGACAACAUUUGCUGUGACACACAUGAAGAGUCUCUACUGUCCAAUGAUGGAAGUGAUGGAAGUUUAUAUCCAGAUGACCUAACAUCAGUGAAUUAUCCAGAGUCCUUCAGUGAUGUAACAUAUACGGAUGAAUCGGCAUCACAAUCCCUUUAUGGAGCUGUGAGUGAUAGCACAUCCAUGUAUGAACCAAAUUCCUCAAAUGAAGUAAUGAAAGAAAGCCUUUUCCAGAAUGAGUCUGAGUCACUACGUGGUGAAGGAUCUUCCAGUGAACUCACACUCUCGAGUGAACUGAAGACCGUGUGCUCCACUGUGUCCACCAGUGUGCUCAUUGCCUCAUCUGAUGUAACGUCAGAAAUCCAGGAUGGAAACAUUGACAAAUACAAAUUAGACCGGGUCUCCAAGUUCUGUGAUGAUGAUGAUGAUGAAGGUAUUGAUAUUCACAAGUCAUACUGCACCACCAUCACGAAAAUGGUGCAUUACCUGGUGUCAUCAGUCACCUUCAGAAUAUUUGGAAUUAUGCUGAUCUUUCUGGACAUAUUUCUUAUGGCUAUAGAUCUACAUCUCUACAACAGCAAUUUUUAUAUUCCUUUGGGAUACCGCUCACUUUCUUUUGCUAUUGCUUUGUUCUUCCUCGUGGAUGUUCUCCUUCGAGUGUACGUAGAAGGGAGACAGAAUUAUUUUUCUGAUUUACUGAACACCCUAGAUGCCGUCGUUAUUGGUGUGACCCUGCUCAUUGCGCUCACUUACAUACUUUAUGACAAGAAGUUUCUUAGAGAUAUCCCAAGAUUGGCAGUUUUAUUUCGACCUCUGCGACUUCUUAUUCUGAUAAGAAUUUUGCAGCUGGCUCACCAAAAAAGGCACCUUGAAAAGCUGACUAGGCAGCUGGUUUCCAAAAACAAAAGACGGUUCAAGAAGGAUGGGUUUGACCUGGACCUCACUUACGUUACUGAUCGUAUUAUUGCCAUGUCCUUUCCAUCAUCUGGAGGACAGUCCUUCUACAGAAAUCCAAUUGACGAGGUUGUGCGGUUCCUUGACUCCAAGCAUCCAGACCACUAUCAAGUCUACAAUCUAUGCAGUGAGAGCGCUUAUGACCCUAAGAACUUCCACUACAGGGUCCGCAGAAUCAUGGUUGAUGAUCAUAAUGUCCCCACUCUCGAGGAAAUGUUGUUGUUCUCCAAGGAAGUAAAUGAUUGGAUGGCUCAACAUCCUGAAAACGUUGUGGCGAUUCACUGUAUGGGAGGAAAAGGAAGAACGGGAACAAUGGUUUGUGCCUGCCUCAUUGCCAGUGAAGUAGUUUUAAAUGCAAAGGAAAGCCUUUACAUUUUUGGGGAGAGGAGAACAGAUAAAACCAGCAGCUCUAAGUUCCAAGGAAUCGAGACCCCUUCUCAGAAUAGAUAUGUUAAAUAUUUUGAAAAACUGAAAAUCAGCUACCAAAGCAGUCUCCCUCCAAGAACACUACUCGUGAUAAAAAGAUUCAUAAUUUAUUCCAUUCGUGGUGUUGGAAAAGGUGAUGGAAGCGAUCUACAAGUUCAAAUAAUAAUGUGGCAGGAGACUAUAUUUUCCUGUUUUUCUUCCAAAAAUUGUAUGAUAUUUCAUGACGUUGAAACAGACAGAGUAAUAAUUGAUGUAUUCAAAUGUCCAGCUCUAUAUGAGGAUGUGAAAGUGAAAUUUCUCUGUCCGCUUUUAUACGAAAAAACAGGUAGGGAUACAGUGUAAUGCACCAGAACCAGCUUCAUGCUCCAUGUAUGUAUUAUGACAAGGUUUAUGCCAGCUGUCCUAAGUUCAACUUAUAGAAACAAAACAAAAUCCUUGAGUCACCCCAAUGCAUUAGUCAUCUAAAUGUGGUUUUAAAAUCCUUUUAGAGUUUGUUUGCAUUUAUUAGUAGUAUGAAAUACACAUACAAUACAAUAUACAUUUACAGUUUGUGUUUCCUUUUGUCUUUUUCACGGCACUCAGUUCCAUUAGCUACCCCCACCUCCACCCUGUUCCCCUUGCUUGGGACAUUAUGUGACUUGGUAAAGGUUAUUUUCAAUAUCCGGCUGCUGCUCGAACCUCAGUGUUGCAUUAGUCACAAGCACUGUGCCUUUGGACUAUAAGACAAAAUGUACUAUCCUCAGAUGUGAAUGUGACAGCAAACUCCUUCCAUGGAAGGUUAAUAUGCAUCCACUUAGUGCCUUGAGUUUGGCUAGGCCUCGAGGAGCGUUGGCUAACUGGCACCCAACCACCCAAUUCCAAGUGCGAUCCAGAGGUGUCCACAGCUUAGAAGCUGAUUGGCACACCUACCAUCUAGGGCUGAAAGAAGUUAGAAAGCA